AGGUAAUUAAAAACGUGUUUUGUUACGUUAGUCUUUUGUUUUAAAGUUUUGGCACACACAUAAUAACGUUUUAAGGUCUUGUCAUUUGAACAUUGGAAAUGUCUGAAGAAGAGGUUAUAAUUAGUAUAAAAUCAUGCAUCAACUCUUCCAAGGGAGGAGUUUUGUUGUCACGGCUAAAUUAUGAUUAUAGAGACAUGAUGGGGGAGGAUAUUCCUUUUAAGAAAUUGGGAUAUUCUUCCUUGAAAAGUUUUAUUUCAUCAAUUAGUAAUGUAAUGAUUUCUAGAACUGCCCAAGGAGAGGAAAUUUUGAACUGUUGCGGAGGUAAGUCUGCACACAUAGCAGCCUUGGUUAGCCGCCAAAAGACUACCUCGAAGACAUUAAUAAAGAAGAGAGUAAUUUCUCGACCUAAGCAUGUUCGGGACUCGAAUUUUCAGUCAAGAAAUAUGCCAACAAAGUAUGGGUCCUCAUCUAGAGACUAUAAAGCUUCUACCUAUUCCAAAUAUGAAAAGCCCCCAAGGUUUCGUGGUGGUGCCAUUACAUCAGGUGGCGAAACUACAGCAGGGAUUGCGAGUGUAUCCGAGACGCUAAAAUUCAGAGAAGAAAGAAACAAUGAAACAGCAAUUUCAGGUGGGACAAGAAAUACAAAUGGUUCAGUCAGUGUUUGGGAAGAUGAGACUUUAUCUUCACAGGUUUCAGAGUCCGUUCAUACUGAGUCAAAAAAUCGUCGGAAAACACGUACCCCUCACUCUCAGAAUUUUCUUAAGCAGUUCGCAGGCAAAGAAAGUGCCGAAUCUGAUGUAAGCAAUCCUGUUAAGGUUAGGACGAGGUUACAAAAUAAUGUUGAGUCCAAAACACCCGCAGCUUCUCGUCUCCUGCGUGGCCCAUCAGCAUGUGUAUCUGUUAGUGAUACAGAGAAAGCAUUUACUAACAGCAUUCGGUCUCAUGAUGAUGUGGUAGGUAAAACUUUGACUAUUACUGUGUCAAACAACAAACGAAAUGUAAUGUGUGCAGACGGCCUUCUAAGUUCACCCGAUAGUCCGAAAAACCAGUAUGGCUAUUACGAAGAUGAUGAUGAACAUUGUGUGCCGGACAGAAAUCGAGAACAGGAGAGACUCGGAACAUCACCUCUAGUCAGAAUGAGUUUCGAUGCACAGGAACGUGAACUAAAUAAGUUUGAUUUAGAGAACAGUCGUUUGGUCGGAAGAGUUGCUUCGCAGCGACACAUCAACAUGUUCCCAGGAAUGGCCAAGUUGUCGACUCCCCGGCACAGGGAGUACGGGGACGGCUUUGCGAACGGCGACUCCGCAGUCGUGGAUGGCCUGACUCACAACUUACGCGGUCUGCAGUUGGUCGAACCCGGCUUGCACAUGGUGGUCGAGCCGGCGUUGUUUCACUACCUGUUGAUAGGCGACGACUUUUUCUUGAAUCUGGCGGCCUCGAACCUGGGUGCAAGCGUCCACAAGGUGGGGAACAGACUGGUCAGUUGUGGUCUGUGCCACUCCGGACAGAGCAUCAAGAUGUGCCUGGCCCGCUUGAAGCGGUCGUCCAAGCUGCUCAGCAAAGCCAUGUUGCUCCUCGGCGCCGUGGACAUCCUGGAGGGGUGCCCCAUCGACACGAUGAAGUGCGAAAUGGUGAUGCUGGUCAACUACUUGUGCUCGAAGGUGAACGUCAUCGUCGCGCUGACGGUUCCCCCGCUGCCACUGAAGGACGACGCCCACUCGUGGAAGAAGCUGAGGGAGUUCAACACGUGGCUGGUGGAGUUUGUGGGGAGGGAGUACUCGAAGGUCCACGUCGUGGACUUGUGGCCGCUGUUCGAGAACCCGCCGGGCUGCAUCUGCGAGGAGAUGUUUGAGGACGAGGGCGAGCUCAUGUACAAGCACACCGAGGAAGUGCUGCUGUGGAACGACGAAGGCCGCCGCCAGCUCGUGGACUACUUGCGCGGGGUCUUGCCCCGGUUCAGCACACCCUUGGCGCAUUGAGUAUAGCGACUGACCGACAGUUAAGAGAAGCUUCAGCUAUCUCAGUUGGGCUCUGAUUGGUAGGCCAAUCUGUGGAACUUGUAGAUCACCUUGAGAUUUUAGUUUUUCCAUCGUGUUUUUAAGCUAAAUUUGGAAUUCACAGGCCAUAAACAUUCUUUUUAUAGUAGAAAAAAAUUAAGGCAUCUAAUUUAUUUAAGGCAAUAUUUUUUUUAUUUCAUAAAUUACUUUUAACAAUACCCUUAGGUUUGCCAUUUAUUUUUCUUUAUAACAUAUAUCAGUAAUUAUUAUGAGUCUUGAUUUUAUGUAUUUGUUAUUGUAGAAUUGUUUACUUUUCAAAACAAAAAAUUACUUUUUGCCUUAUGUAAAUGUUUUAGGAAGCUGAUGAUGCUUUGCAUGGGACUGGUUUGUGACAUUGUGAGUUAAAUAAAUUUUUUUGAUUAGGCAAUGUACUGUAUGUAUAAGCUAAUAUUGAUUAGUGUUCUUGACAGUAAUAAGUAUCUGACCCUUUGUUUAUGUAUGUGUUAAUGCUAGUGCACACACGGGUAAUAUUCUUCCAGCGUGGCUUUUCCGUGAAAUUCUGAAAAUACCUUUUUCCAAACACUAGACAUGUUCCUGUAUUCACCCUGAAAACAGCUAUUCUGAAUUUGUACUGGUUUCUGAGAAAUCACAGUUUAUAACUUACAUUACAAUGCGUAUGCAUUGACGUGGCUACCGCCAUUUUUGUUUUGCUUUCCCGUAUGGGUAUGUGUAUGUGAUUUGGAGAACUUAAGUUAAAUCUUGUGAGAAUGGUUAAUUAUGUUAGGUUAGUUACAUUAAAAAAUCUUCAAAACAACGUGGAUAAAUUGGUUGAGUUAGUGUAGCUACAUUAAAAACACUGAAAUAUUUUUAAUAGUUGCUUAGAAAUUACUAAUGUAAAAUGUAGCUACACCAACCGUUCACAUGAUUUUACAACUUUUUACAUUGUUUUGAAAUAUAUUUAAUGUAGCUAACCUAACGUAAUCAACCAUUUUAACUGAAGUACUCCAAAUCAUAUACACACAGACCCACACGGGAAAGGAAAAAAUGGCGGCAGCCACAUCAAUGCACAGGUAUUGUAAUGUUAUCUAUUAACUGUGAUUUCUCAGAAACCAUUAGUAGUAUAAACAGUUUUCAGGGUAAAUAUAGGAACAUCUCUAGUGUCCAAAAACAUUUAUUUUAAGAAUUUUGUUAUUACUUUAUGGAAAAGCCGCAUUGUAAGAAUAUUACCCAAACAUGUGCUGUGAAGGUAAAGCCCCUAAGCUUCCAUAGAUAAGUUAUCUUAUCUUGCUCUCCACUGAUGCGAUUUAUGAUAUGGAAGGUGUUGAAAAUGAUAUUGUAAAGUGCAUGCAAUGACCCCCACUUUUAUUAUGGUGGUAAGCACUAUCUCUUAACACCAAAAGAAUGAAUUUGCAAUGAUAUUAGCAUGUCUGAAAUGUUAUGUCUGAAAUGGGACCAAUGGGUAUUGUGGACAGUCUUAACUUUGUUACAUAGUGUUGGCAUGUACUAUGAAUUUUGCUGGGACUAAACAAUGAAUGUAAUGUUGAAUGUAAAGGUUUACCAUAUUAAUUUUUUUGUUUAAUCACUGAUACAGCUGUUGGUAAUAUUUAAGAGGCUGAUAUUUUUAUUGUAAGGAUAGCAAUAUUUCUGUGGUUUUAAUUGUCUAUGUGCUGUGAUGGUUAAUAACAUGCUAGCCUUGUUAUAAAUUACUCAAUGUGUGCACAUAAAGAACACAUUGGAUGUUGAAUGAGUUAUUUUGCCAGAAAUACACUACCCGUAGUAAAAAAAAAAAAAGAAGAGAUUAUUGUCUGUUACAUGGUGUCUGUUAUGUUACCGGUACUUGUAAGUAUUUAAGGGACUGUGAAAUUCAAGAUGCUAGUUAACGUAAAAGAUUACAAUAUUUUUAUAAAGCUAAUGGUAAUGUUGCAGCUGUGAUGAUAAUAGCCAAGACAAGAGCAAAAAGGUCAUCCAUUUAAUGGUGCUACAAUGUAAAUAAUUAUCUUUAUUUGUAUCAUACAUUACUCCCAUUUUGUAGUCAUGGGCUUACUAGCCCAAAUAGUUUUUUAGUUAAUAAUAGUUAUGUAUUGUAUGCAUGUUUCAUUGUCAAAUGAAAACAACUUUCGGAUAGUUCAGUUUUCAUGUUUGUUAGAUAAGAAUGUUAGAAAUAAUUAAAAGUAAAGUAGGAUGCUCAAAAAAAAUUAGAUUUUGAAAGCUUAAGUUUGUACUUGUUAUCACUGUUAAAUGCUGCCAUUUAUAUAAAACCAGGAACUGUUUUUAUUAUCAACUUCAAUACGCUGCUUAAGUACAGCUGCUGGCUAGUUUCCAUUACAGCCUUAUUCUGAGUUGUGUACUAAUUCAAUGAUCGUAUUCCUUUGACAUAUAUUUAAAAGACAUUACUGCAUUUUGAGUACUGAAGUUCCUCUUACUUUGCGGCACCGUCAGUUGCUGGCCAGCGAGAUCAGUGAUGGUGAUGCUUUUGGAGUGAGCAAUUUGCUACUAUGUCAGCUAGGGUCAUUUCACAAGCAGCAUGUUACACGGGUCAUGUUACUAGUCAAAUAUAUUUUUACAUAGCCAUUUUACUUGCCAGAAGGUAAACUAGUAUGAAGACAUUAACGAGUAAAGUAGACAUGUAAAGAUAAUGCUUCAGGUUACUUAUUUAGGUUUUUUUUUACCCUGAAUUUUAUCCUUUUCUUAAAAUAAACUGUACAGACUGGUUUUUGCUUUUUAUUUAGACUAUAACCUAUAACACAUAUUUUUCAUUUUGCAAUGUUAGUAAAAUUAUGUUUGGCUUGUUCUUGCGAUGGCCAGAGUUUUCCAAAGUUAAGUUAGUAACAUGUGAACCAUGCUGACAGAGGUUUAGAGUAGUAGUAGAAACACAAAUAAAUGUAUGCUGUCGACUUUAACCACGUAAGAAUCGUUUAAUGUGGUUCGGCUCUUGACAAAAUUAUGUGCAUAGUGAAAAACAAUGAUGGAAUAAAAGAUGGUUUUGCAGCCUACUGUAAUUUCUGUUGCCAUUGUUUCUUAAGCCUGUCUGCUGUUACCACUUAAAUAACACAGUGUGUGUACCGGUUGUGAAAGUCCCAUAGUUUAAGUAAUGAAAAGGGAAUCAAGCUAAAUAACUGGUCGCGUGUUUCGAAGUAAACUUAAAAGUGCUGGACGUCAUAAAGCUAUAAUUUCCGGCAUGUUUUUUUUUUUUUGCUAACUUUUUUUGCGCGUCACUUUAGUUUAUAGUAGCACAUUAAAUAUAAAUAGCUAGGUACUGUCCAUGCAGAAAUUAUUUCUGAAAAGAUUUUAGCUUUCUAACAUUAAAAUUUGCCUGUUCCUUUAAAUGGUAGACCCUUUUGUAUUAUGUUUAUAUAGUAUAUAUAAAAAUGACCAUGUAAUACAAAAAAGUUGAAAGAAAAUUCUAUUUAAAGGGCUGAAUAAGUUCUGAAAUUUAUUCAUCGGGUCUUUUUAGACAUUUUGUAGCAGUAUAUUCCAGGUCAUUAAUAUGUCAUUAACUGAAAUUUUUUAAUGAGCAAUGUGAUUAUUAUAAACAUCACAAAGGGGUUCUUUGUGGCCAUAAAUUCCCAGGAUUAGCUAAGGUGCAACAAUCUACAAUUUAAUGUGGUACUGGCGAGGAUAAGCUAACAAAGUUUAUUUGGAGUGCCUGAGUUGUAAAAUAUGUUAAUUGACCCUUAAUUAAAUUUGUGUUUCACGGGAUAUGGGGUGUGUGAUGUGGAAGCCUUACAGUGAGAAUAUGUUUACGUGUGACAUUUUUAGUGGCAUGUGCUCCACUAAAAUCAAUUGUGACCUAUAAGAAAACUGAACUUACUGUAAAGUAUUUUGCUAAACCAAAUAAAGGCUAGGGAAUUUUGUUGUCGCUGAAUGCUGUGUAUGUAAUCCAUUAUACAUUUUGUCAUUUUAUUGAUUAUAUGAGUUCCAAUAUUUUGUUAAACAUUUGAAGGUGUUGGAAGUGUUAUAAUUAACAGGACUAUCAAAUUCUUGAUAAAUUUUCGCUUGCCUAGCGAAGAACUGCUCCAGUAUUUGAGUCGUCGGUCAUGCCAGAGUUUUUAUCAUUUGUGCACGUGGCUCUGUUCUUGUUGUUGAUGCCUUGGUUGGACAGUUGGUUGUGUGUGAUGUAGUCUGCCAGUGUCAGACCCUGUUUUACAAUAAGUUAACUUGUUACGUUUAGUGCUCCUGAUUAGAUUUAUUAGAAGUAAUUGAUACGUAAGUAGCUAACCUGUUGUAGCUACGUGACAUGUGAGUACUGCCUUGUAUGUUGUUUCUGCCACGUCGCAGUGGAAGCGUGUUGUCAGUAGUCUCAAUCCAAAUGCUGAUGUUUUUGGUUGUACAGGAUUUCCACAUUCUGGAAGGUCAGGGAAUUCACUUGAAAUCCUGGAAAAGUCAUGGAAAUUUCCCAGUGAUGGUAUUUUUAUGGUACCAUGUUAUGGUCCAGCCUGCAAUAACCCAGACUAUUAUAUAUGAACAUAUAUGUAGCAUUUUAGUUUCUAGUCAUACACUGUAUAGAAUGGCACAUCCAAGGUUCUGUUUGAAAUAAAGAAAGCGGAGAGAGAACUCGGCCAGCUGUGAAAAUGGCAGAGGCUGGAUUUUCUUAAUUUCUUUCAGAAAAUUGCAAACUAAGUAAAUAAUAAAGAAAUAAAUAUUUUUCAGGGAAAUUCCAUCACAGAUACGUGUGGACAUCCUGUUAAAAUACUAUGAUAAAUAAACAGGUUUGAAACCACUCAUUAUGAGCAUAGUGGGGUUUAAAUUUAUUCUAGUUUUUUUUUUUUUUUUGUACUUACAGUGAGUGUGAAUGUAGGUUACAUUGAAUGUCAUUCAAAUGUUGGCACACAUGUGAUUUGAAGCAUUUUUACGUGAAUACAGAGAACAAGACUGAAUAGUUCAUAGGGUAUAGUGCAGUUUUCUGCUUAAACAAAGGUGUCUUUAUUUAGUUGAAAGAAUUUCAGGAUUUGGAGAAUGGUUUAUUGAAAGUCAAUUUAAAUGUUUAAGAAAUAAAACUACAAAUUUGAAUGGCUAAUAAAAAUAGUAAUUUUCUUGCUUGGCUUUUUAUAAUUUUAAGAUUUGCAAACGCUUGAGUCAAACAUUUAUGCCAACAUAGCAAAUUCAAUCUCAACAUGUAAUGUAUUUUAAAAAUUUGUUCAGCAUGUUGAGGCCGACCUGUUGUGACAGUUGUAUUGUUAAUGGUUUUACAACCCGCACUGAACGAUGACAACUAAAUCACGGCAAAGAGAAUUUUUUUUUUUUUUUUAAUUUUAAAUGCAUAAUUUUACUUGUUGAGUUGCUGUUUUGUGCACAUCGAAAUUGGCACGUCUGUCGAGAUCAACUUAUGUCUAGCAGUAGUCGACAGUGUCAAGGUCAUCUUAGAUGUCUUCAAGACUGGCAUGUUGUACAUCUGUUGACGUGAGACCUAUGAAGUGAUGUGGAGUGACAAAGUUACCUUACGACUGACCAUACAACAGUAGCCAUUGAAACCCGUAAGGCUUGUUCGGUUUUUAACUUCAGUAUGUGUUGCCUGGCUUAAGGUGCUUGCUAAAUACUUUUUCUGAAAUUAUCAACACUCAGCAAUCAUGCAAUUUGUAUUUCUUUAAUUGUUCAAGAAAUUAAGUCUGUUCGUCACAAAAAAAAAAUCAAUAUUUAAAUGUUCGUUUCAGCACUGAUUACUGGUUGUAGUAAUAUCUGGGAUGAGUUGGAAGGUAUGCACUUAAUAACACCGCCGACAUUUGCCUGCACAAGGGAUGGAAAACCCUUCCCACAGAGGCAGCCAGAACUAAAACAACAGCCCACCAAACAUCUUGGUCAUAACAAUCCAUAAACCUUGAUGCCGCUUUAGGGGUGUGGAGUUGUCUGAACGGUAAUGCUUUAAAGAAUUUUUUUUCUGUCUUCCACAGUUUUGUUAAGAAGAAAUAACAGAAUGUAACAAUCCGCAUGUUUUGUAAAGUUUUUUUUCUUGAAGUGAAACUUCUAAUGCGACUUCCAACAAGGUUGCGUUAAUAGGGGGAAUAGAAAGAGACAGUGAGAAUGAAUGCGUGUUUCAUAGACACAUAAAUAGUGAAUGUGUGUCAUUUCUCUAUGUCCACGAGGACUCGCCACGUCAAUUUUCUCCUUGGGGCGAACCCGUCCGCUUAAUUAAAUAUAAAUAAACUGCUUUUAUCAUUGAAUGAUUUCAUGAUUUAUUUUAGUUUGAUUUGAUGCAAUAUGAUAUCACUAAAAAUCAAUUUCUACCCCUUCCUAUUUUCAUUUCCACAUUACGAAGUUUCACUUCUGCGCGGAAGAACUCCACGCACUAUUUUUUUUGCUAUAAAAUAAGUUGAUGUUUUAGUGUUAUAUCAAUUUCUCAGUUAAGUUUGUUGCAGAUUGUGUGUCCCUUGUAGCUUUCCUGAAAAUAUCUAAAUAACUUUUCAAACUUUUCAAACUGUUGAUAUGAUAAAGAUAUGAUGAUGGUUUUCUUUGUUAAUAAAUUAAUUUUCAUGUUAAAAUUGUCGUUCAUCAGUUUUAAAGGCAUGUGUAGGGUUGUGAUACUUGUAAACCAGCACAUUGUAGUAGAGAGUUUUUUUUUCUUUCGGGAGGAAGCAGAAUAUUUGUUUUCUUAAUCCUCACUUUGAUUGCCGACAUUUCUUGAUACAAGCUUUUCUUAUUUCAGUUUCAAAAAGACAUUCAAGUCACCAUCUUGCUUUGCGUGCCAAACUAUUGUAAAUCAUUGGUGUUUGUGACCAGAUAUGUUCUCGAGAAAAUGAAAGAAAAUAUUGUUGGCAGGUGGCGGUUGGCGCGGGGAACUUGCGAGAUAGGUUCUUCAAAUUAACUGCUAAAGUCUGGAACCAGCUUUCUUCCGGGUGGGAAGUUAUUUCAGUCUCUCGAGCUACUCAUUACUGGUUUCCUAGUAAGUAUGGCAACCCUAUGCAUGCACAGUAAUUGUCUAGUUAGUUUUUACGACCAAAUUGCUAUUUUCCUGAUGUUCUAGUUGGUCAGUUAUUGUAACAUACGAACCUUUACCUUGCUUGAGUUUGCACAUUUUUGAUAUUGGGAAAAUAAUAACUUUAACCGUUCAUGAAGUGUUUCAGCACUGGUAUUGUUUAGUGUCAUGUAGAGUGUAUCUUUUUAGGCUGAUGUUAGUUUACAUUUUUAUUCUAUACAUUAGGUAUAGUUUAUUGACAGAUAUUUUAUGGUUCAUAUGUUCAGGUAUCUCUGAGCUGAUUGUGGCAGAUGACAGUUGGGUAGCUGCAGUUAUGGUAUAAAAUUGCUGAAAAUUUUUUUGCAAAAACAAAAAAUGUGUGACCAGAAUAUUGUGCACAGUUAAUUAAACCUUUAUCUUUCGUAAAACAUCUUAAGAUGCAUCCUUGGAUUUAUUUGCUGAAUCAAACAGUUUUUACUGUAUUCAUACUGAGCAUGUUCAAACGAAACCCAAUGAAGAAUGUUGACGAUUGCUUUGGAAUCUCUGCGUGUUCGCAAUUCUUCCUCGGGGUGCAGCAAGGGCAGGCACGUGGCAUUACUUCGAAAAUGGCCACUGUGCAGGGUCACUUGGUAGUACCUAAUUCAGUUUUUUAUCAGUAAAGGGAUGGAGCGAGGCGAUGCAGUUGUAAAGCCAAGGUUCGUAUGCCUCCUUACUAUCUUAAAAAGUCCUUAAUCUGUCUUAAAUUGAAUAAGGGCCCUUUUAAAAAUGUCCUUACGUUCCACCAAGAAUUAUUAAAAUCUCUAUAAUAAAGACUGAUAGCUGGUAAGUAAUGAUGAAUGAGGGUAUUUGAAAGUUUCAUUGUUUCUGACUUGGCAGCAAACAACGCUUUGCACAUGUGCUGUACAAUCGGCGAAUUUCGAACCAUGUGACUAGAUUUUAUGCAUUAAAACAUUUUGAAAUCAUUUCUCUUACAUUGUAUCUAACAUUAAACUAAAAGGAUUUUUUUUUUUUUUCUUUAUUUGAACUCGUAGACACUAUGCUUGGUUUGAAUAUAGGUUCCAGUGAUAAAGCUAGACGAUAGGGGCUUAUCUGUGAUAAUUUUCUUGAGGUAUUUUGUGAUAUUACAAAUAGUUUUUUACCUCUUGAUAGUGGUGAAAGCAAUGAAGUAAAUGGGUCCUUAAAAUCUCCUUAAAUUUUGAUAGUUUUUUAUUUCUUGAUAGUGGUGAAAGGGAUGAAGUAAAUGGGUCCUUAAAAUCUCCUAAAAUUUUGAUUGCACAAGAGGGGUACGAACCAUGGGUAAAGCACUGGAUGUGCAUUCCGGAGGAUCUGGGUUUGAAUCCCAGAGCAACCAACCACUGGGAUGUUUCCUCUAUAUAGGCCGUGACUGGUACCUUCCCCCGCGACCUGGACCGUGUGGCAGUUUUCCGACUUUCGACAGCCGAGGGUUGCAAGACAGUGGAGUUGGCAGGAGUAUAGUUGCUGUGUACGGAGAAUAGUGAUCAUGGAAGACAACCGUUGCCGAUUGGUCAACGGUGCAUCAGAUUUGUCCCGUCUUGGCCAAGUGCACACAACCUCGUGAUUUCUGAGAUUGGGAAAAAUAAUCGAGAUGAACCUUGGACGAAACUUGAGUGUCUCAGCAAUAGAGGUUGUUGCUGCCGUUGCUUCUGCAGUCAUAUUGGAGGGUUUCUAUCAUAAAAGUUGGCAUGUUGCUAUGAAUGUUAUAUGCCCACACACACAGACAGAGAUACAUAUACAGUACUCACCACUGAUGCAUAAAUAUUGAACCUCUGUAACGACAAAAUUUGUGUUAUCUCAAGUGUUCAUGAUGCGAAUAAACUUAUAAUACGACACUUGGGGGAACAAAAUUUACAAUAUGAUUCAGUAAAAUAAUGCAUUGCAUGAUAAAUAUAUUCACGAAUAAAAUACUCACUUUUCAAGUACAUACCAAAAUUUUUAGGCGCAAAUCGCAACUUUUUGCGCUUGUCGCUAUAAUUCUCUACUUGAAUCGCAAAUGUUGCUUGUUACCAUCACCUGCAGAUGGCAGCACGAAACAAACAAAAAUUUUAAACAAUCAGAAAUGGCUCCAAUAAAAACAAAAGAGACUUGAAAAAAUCCUUUCUUUAUUACCUCAAGAUAACAAACGGAUUAAAAAUUGAUGGGUUUUAAUAAAAGUGCAGUGGGUACUACCCUUUACAUUUCAUAAGAAGCUUGUGUAAAACAAAUGUUAUUUUCCAUGGGAGGCAGGUUUAACAUCAGAGAUAUUUUUUAUGUUUACAUAAUGUUAUGUGUAGUAGAAAGCCUGAGUUGGUAACACGGUUGCUGACCAAACACCUUGAGGUACAACAAAUAACUUUCAGUUCCACAGAACUGAGGGAAACCUAUGACUGAAGUUUCUUCUUUUUUAAUAUUUGGAUCUGGUUUCAUUUGAACAUGCAUCACAUAAUCAUGUAGUUUGUUUAAAUCAAGAGCAUGUGUGCUAUGCCACAACAAGUGUACAUAUGUGGUUGCUGAGAGAUAGCAUGUAGGUGUGGAGAAAACUCGUUUCAAUAUUGUUACCAGAGGAUGUUAUAUGAAUGCUUAGUUCUUUUUUCUUUUUUUGUACUUUUUAUAUACAUAGCAUUUUGUUAUGAUGUAGAAGUGCAUGAAUGUACAGUUACUAAUGUGUUUCAUUUUUCUGUAUGAAAUGCUUCCUGUAAAUAGGACAUUGAACUUUAACUAAUUAAUAGAUGUUUAGAAACAUCUUUAUUUGGCUCUGUUAUUGCUAUUUUAUAAUAAAAAUAUCCUAAGAAAUCAUAUUGCUUUUUAUUUGCUUCAUAUUUCUCAAGAGUUUUGUUUAAAUGCAAAAACUUGCAUAUUUUCAUGAAAUUGAAACAGAUUUUUCAGUAUUUUAUAUUUUUUAAUUUACAUUAAAAACAUUUGUUCCCAGGGAUUUAAUUUUAAUGUAGUUAAUUGAAAAUUUUAGCCACAAUCCAUUAUUUAAUGAAAAAUUAAGUGUACUUAAGUAAAGUUGAGUUUUGAGGAAUUUAUUUUUUUCUUUUGAUUAUUAUUUACUGAUAUUCUAUUUUAAUUAUUUCUUCAAAGUAAUGAGAUUUCAGUUGCUGAUGGCCUGCUACACAUUUCCUGUACAUUGCUUCAUGAUUGUGGGUGUAAUUGAACCAAACCAGGUAUUCCCCCUGAAUUUUAAAUGUUUGUCAACAACCAAUCUCAAUGGCUAUGAUUGUAAUGACAAAAAUUUAAUUCUGAACACCAAGUUGGUAUCACUGGUUCUGAGCACUAUGAUCUCGGAGACCCUGUAGUCAUGCAUGCUAGAGACUUACACUAGACAGCUCAGUAACACAGCUAAGAAUGCAAAAGAAAACACCCCUGUGGCAAAACAUGUUGCUAAAAUUUUUGAAGGAAAAAAAAGAGAUGGUUUUAUUGUGUAUAGUACCUACACAUGUAUUUCACUAGUGGUCCUAACUGUUUAUGAUGCAUUUCAGUUUCAUUUAUAACUGUAUAGUCUUUGCUUUAAAAAUAAUUUAUUCUCUUAUUUUUGAUGUGUAACAUCUUAGCUAUCAGUAUACUUCAUUUGGUGGGAUUAAUUAUUUGAACGUGACGGAAGUCGAAUGGAAAUGUGGUAACAGGAAGUAGAAAGAAGCACGCAUCGUUCAAUUUUAUUUUGAAAAAUCAACAGUACCAUCUUGUGAAACAGAAUGAUUGUUGCAAUUUACAAAGGAGAUAAUAUGUACUGUUUUUCCCUAAAUGAAUACUUAACAGCCCUUUUACGAUUUAAAAUAACUGCUCCUCUAAAGACUACCCACAAGCAAAAAGGGUAUAAGGACAUUCAAGAAUACCAAUGAACUAAUGAAUUACUCCAGUGAAAAAGUCAUGUAAGUACUUUUUUUAACAACCAAUGGUGCCAUCCUGUUAAACAUAAAUAUAGUUUGGUUUUAAAAAGAAAAAAAGAAAAA